CACAAGUCAGACCACAUAAGUGAAGUUGAGAAGACAAACAAAUUGUCAGCCUCCUUUUUGCGUUUCGGGGUACAGUGUAGUUUUCGUGCACCAGUUUAAAGUGAACGAGAAAGAGUUGAUCGGGGUUCACUCAGCGGGGAAAAGUCGAGCACAGACCGAGACAAACACCAUCCUCCUUCGCGUUACAGACAUGGAGAGGGCAUUAUCACGUAGGACAUCGGUGUGGGGAAAAAUGUCCAUGUUUUGGAUUUUCCCUGUUUUGUUUGUGACAACUGGAGCCCACCCCCACUCCACACUGGUUGUUUCUGCCCCACACCUGUACUACACCUGUCCUGAAGGUGCAACUGCCAAACUGUUGUGUGACCAAAAAGGUGCUGCUCUGUCCCCCACUGAUACCCUGAAGUACAACUGGCUUUUCACACCCCACAGUGACCAACCAUGUGAAAGAGGGAAAGGUCCAAGACAUGUCGAGCAUUCACAUAACCACACCGUGCCAGGACUGCAUUAUGGACGGGAUGACCAUAAAAUGUGGGUGACUCUGCAGAACGUGACCCAAGCUGAUCAAGGUCGCUAUUGCUGUGUUUUUGGGGAGAUCAAAAAGGACCAUAAUCAUCUGUCAGUUGUGCAGCAUUCUCACAGCUACAUUGUUCUUCACAUAACACCAAAGAGAAAUGGCCCUCUAAACUGCACUGUCUGGGAUCCCACACCACCUGGAGGUUCUGUGCCCGUGGCUUUGGCUUUAGCAGCCUGCAUCGUGGCUCUGCUCUCUCUGCCUCUUAUUCUGGUGCUUGUUUACAGACAGAGGCAAAAUGUCCAGCAACACAGACGUGCACAAGAGCUGGUGAGGAUGGACAGUGAGGCUCAAGGCCAUGACAAUCCAGUGUUUCUUAGGGGAUCACCCCAAAGAAAGACCCGUACUGUGUCUCAAAUAUUGACCAGGCAAUCCUCUGAGACAGGUCGCCACUUGUUGUCUGACCCAGGAACACCCCUCUCACCCCCUGCACAUGGGGAUGUAUUCUUCCCAUCUGAAGACAUCAUCCCUGAGUCUCCUGACUUCAUGCAGGUUUAAAGAGCAGAACAACCUUGUUCAUUUUUUUACUGCUGACCUGGAAGUGGUUCUGCAACUUUCUUCCUUCUCUCUCUGGCUUAAGAGCAAAAUUCUCCUCAAGGAUUCUCAUCUCUACCUUGUCUAGACUGCAGGAGGGAGAAGAACUGCAUUUUUUUAUUCUGAUACUACUUUCACUUGCAACAACAGCUGGAGGCCAAAAGUGAACUUCAGCAGCCGUUAUGAACCCUGUGAUGUGUGCUGAAAGUGGGGUUCUGUCAUGUACAGAAGCAACAGACUUUGAUGCAGUACAGAUAAACAUUUAUUUACUUAGGCUGGUGUGUCCUCUGCAAGCCCUUUUAAAUCCUGAAAGAGCCCAACUAGGACUGCUUUAUGUCAACUUACUGUCACUGGUAUGUUAAUAUGUGCCAUAAAAAGACUGUAAUGUAUCACUGAAUAUUAACUGAUUGAUCAUGAGAACUGUCAAAGAAGCAAUCUCCUAUAAAAAUGACCCAACAUUAUAUGGUAUCCAUGGUAAUGUGGUGUAGACAUCAGUGAAUAAGAGCAGAAUAAGAAGUUAUAAACAUAUACAUCCCAGGAACAAAACAGAAAACUAUUUUUUUUUCUUUUAAAUGAACCCGAUGGUCACUUCAUUUUCUUGUCAGUCAUUUUUUAUGGCAUUAUAUUUUUUAAACAUUUUUACUUGUUCCUGUUUCUGUCUUAUUUUUCCUCUUUGCUACCUCAGUUACUGUUUGCUGUGUUCUUCUAAAUACGCUUCUUCUUUCUUGUACUUAAAAAGUGAAGCACUGCACAGUGGCCUUAAAAAAUAUCUAUUGUAAAACUUGUUUUUGAGGUAGUUUCUCAUUUUUCUGCGUUUGUACAGGUUAUCAAUAAAAUGUUUAUUUUUCUUUUGAAUGUAGCCUCACAGACACCAACAAACUCUUCAACACACAUUUAUCAUUGCUUUUACAAUGUUUUUUUUUGUUAAGCAAAAUUGUUAAGCAAAUUGAGCAAAUGUGUUGAGUAAUUACUUUGAGAUGUUAACCAAA